UCCACUCUCUCCGUCGCUACCCUGUGGAGUUAAAAAAACGCCCCUCUGGCCUCCACAGAAAAAGAGUCCAAUAUCUUUCCACCUACCGACGCGUCCUCCUCUAAUCUAGCCCUUCCUUUAACUUCUCGCCCCUCUCUCUCUCUCUCUCUGUCUAUCUGGCCUCCGCUCUAUUCUCGGGUUUGGAUUCGGAUCCUCCAAGUUGCUUUUUCAGACACGUCAAUGGAGUCGAGCUCUGGCUCCGCCGAGCAUAACAUCAGAGGAAUACCUACUCACGGCGGACGUUACGUCCAGUAUAAUGUUUACGGAAACCUCUUUGAAGUCUCCAGAAAGUAUUCCCCUCCUAUUCGUCCUGUUGGCAGAGGUGCUUAUGGUAUUGUUUGUGCUGCCGUAAAUUCUGAGACACGAGAGGAAGUUGCCAUUAAGAAGAUUGGUAAUGCUUUUGACAACCGGAUAGACGCGAAAAGGACUCUGCGAGAGAUUAAGCUUCUUCGGCACAUGGACCAUGAAAAUGUUGUUGCUAUCAAAGAUAUCAUACGACCUCCCCAAAAGGAGAACUUCAAUGAUGUUUACAUUGUUUAUGAAUUGAUGGAUACUGAUCUUCAUCAAAUAAUACGCUCCAACCAACCAUUGACAGAUGAUCAUUGUCGGUACUUUCUAUAUCAAUUGCUCCGAGGGCUCAAAUAUGUACAUUCAGCACAUGUUUUGCAUCGUGAUCUAAAGCCUAGCAAUUUGCUCCUCAAUGCUAAUUGUGACCUUAAGAUUGCAGACUUUGGUCUUGCAAGGACAACAUCGGAAACAGAUUUCAUGACCGAGUAUGUUGUUACUCGUUGGUAUCGAGCACCAGAAUUACUCCUUAAUUGUUCAGAGUACACUGCAGCAAUUGACAUAUGGUCAGUGGGUUGUAUACUCGGUGAGAUAAUGACACGCCAACCUUUGUUUCCUGGUAAAGACUAUGUUCAUCAGCUGAGGCUUAUCACAGAGCUCAUUGGCUCACCAGAUGACUCCAGCCUUGGUUUCUUACGAAGUGAUAAUGCUCGACGAUAUGUUAGGCAGCUUCCACAAUACCCAAGGCAGAAUUUCACUGCUCGAUUUCCUAAUAUGUCUGCAGGUGCUGUUGAUUUGUUAGAGAAGAUGCUAGUGUUCGAUCCAAACAGGCGCAUUACAGUUGACGAGACUCUAUGCCAUCCUUACUUGGCACCUCUUCAUGAUAUCAAUGAGGAGCCUGUUUGCCCAAGGCCUUUCAACUUUGAUUUUGAGCAGCCAUCAUUUACUGAGGAAAAUAUCAAGGAACUCAUCUGGAGGGAAUCUGUAAAAUUCAAUCCAGAUCCAUAGAUAAUAUGUGUUGUAUCACGCCUAGGAAUAUAUUUGAUGACUCCAAUUCAAAUCAUAAUUAUACAAAAUCCUUCAGAAUCUCUGGGAAGAUAAAGAGCACUCUGGUUAUAAUGUGACUCACAUGUGAUAUUGAAGUGAUAAAGGAUAGGUUUCAAGUUAACUGAGAAGAACCUGGUUGGCAUAUGGAUAGACCAACUGGAUUUGGGGUGGGUGGAGAUAUAGAGUGGUUGUUGGACUGACAAAUCUGUAUUGUUUUUGGAAUGGGGAUGCUGCAUGGUUCUGAGACCCAACAUCUGUAGUUUUUUCUCAGUUUCUUCAAGUUGAUUUGAAUGUGAGAAAUUUAUUUUGUUUGCUAGGCUAGUCGACUUAUAUCGUUUCCCAUUUUUGACAUGGAACAACUGAAAUAUGUGAAGCGUGAAAUUAAUUUUUCUGAUGCAAUGUCUUGCUAAAUGUUGUAAGAAAGCUACACUAUUCAUCCGUACUCCUGAUGUUAGGAUGUAGGAGAUUGUGUUUGCCUGUUUGGCACGACUGUAUUAUAUGAAAGAUCUAUUCAAUAUAAGCAUUUCUUGUCUUA